AUGUUUCCUACGCUACAAUCGAAGCAAAACCAAGGAGAAAAAGAUGGCCAAAACCUUUCGUUGGAACCAUCGCUUUCAUUCGAGGCCAACACAGAAAAUUCCAUAACCGAUGACAGUAUUUCUUCCUCUGCUUCUGAAACUACUGAAAAAGUGCCUAAAUUCCAUAAUUUUAUACCUAUUCCAGUGAUCGAUCGACUCCAAUCCAAUUUGGUAAACAAGUUUGUACCCAGAACCCAUCAUGAAUCUGAGGAGGUUUCAACGGAAUUGAAGCUUGGUUUAUAUGACCCUUGGGUUAUGAAGAAGAAGAUUACGGUAAGUGAUAUUGACAGUUUGUCAAGGCUCUUGAUAGCGAAGGACUUGGUAAAGGAGCAUAUUUUGCCGCAAUGGGACACAAGCUUCAUUGAAGGCAUUAAGGAUGGGAUAGCAGUUGCUGUUUGGGAUUUUGAUACCAAGACCGAACAUCAAUUGCGCUUCAAACAGUGGUCAAGUAACGGGAGUUACGUCUUCAAUGGAAUGUGGAAUCAAGAUUUUGUGAGUAGGAGGCAACUGAAAGUAGGUGAUGAGAUUGGACUUUUUUGGGAUCAAAGCAAUUCAAGACUCAAUUUUAGCGUUCUCAACCGGGCUUCGAGCAAUUAA